AUGAGGCUCACGGACAUUUUACUCGCAUUGACUUUGGUGGUCACUAGCAGCAUGGCAGUAGUUCCACCUAGUAAAACUAUUCAAACCCCUCAAUCAAGCCAGAGUACUGAAUGUCAACCGGGAUCAUCAAGUGGAUGUCAGCCAGGGUCAUCAAGUGAAUGUCAGCCAGGACCAUCAAACGAAUGUCAGUCGAAAACCAGUAGUUCAAACAACGUAUAUGGAUUAAAUGAUCGACUUCAGAAAAAAUAUAAAGAUCUAAAAAAACGAUUACAAGAUGCCGAAAAUAUCAAGAAAACAAAGUGCGAUAAACAUCGUGAAUAUGAAAGUGACCUCCUAUCGUAUCAAGCCAUUGGAAGGCCAGGGUUAGGCUCGUUUUUUGGCAGAUUUAUGCCAAGUUUCAUUAAAAGCAGGUUUGGCAAAGUUCCGGAUGGUAUGGCAUCGACCGAACUUGACCUUUAUCUUCAGUGUACAGAGGCAGAACGUAUAUAUAAAAGAAUAUCAGAAUUGCUUGAAGAGUUCAAGGAAACUCAUGGCAUUGAAUCUGAAACAAAGACAACAGGAGUUCUCCAAUGGUUCAAAAACUAG